UUUUUUAAAAGGCAGUGACACUGACAGGUGAUGUGUCAUUGAUAAUCAAGUUUAUGAGAAUUAGUAGAAUCGGAGUUGAGCUUUGAAAACAGUCUUCAAGCAUUGUGGCAUUUGUCUUCAAUGAGAACAAGAAACACCAUCAAGAGGAAAUUCGGUACAAAAUGUGUAUUGUGCUUCGAGAACAUUUCUGAAAGUCAAAAGGAUUUUUAUCAUUUGAAAGUUACUUGUUUGUUGUUGGUAAUUUUGUAGCUGAUUUAUAUUUUCCUGUGAGCCAUGGAAUCUAUCUUCAAUGAGAGCAGCUCAGCCCCUGACAAACCAAAACAGAAGUCAUACUCAGGUUACAUUAUAACUGGUACCCUAGCUGGUAUAGUGUUUGGCAUUCACCUUAUAGCAGGGCCUUUUAUUACCCCAGCACUGAGGAGGGUAUGUCUGCCCUUUGUCCCAGCCUCAGAGGAACAAGUGGAGAAUGUGUUCCGAAUGUUAAAAGGCAGAAAAGGAAAGUUCAUAGACCUUGGCAGUGGGGAUGGAAGGCUUGUCAGAGAAGCUGCAAAGAUGGGCUUUACAGCUCAUGGGGUUGAGAUGAAUAUUUGGCUAGUGCUUUAUUCCAAAUUCAAAGCUGCAAGAGAAGGUCUCAGUUCAAAGACUAAAUUUAUCAGAACAGAUCUUUGGAAGCAUAAUCUUCAGCAGUAUGAUAACAUUGUUAUUUUUGGAGUCCAGAGUAUGAUGAAGGAGCUUGAGAAGAAAAUUAUUGCAGAAAGUAAGGAUGAUGUGAGAGUUGUUGCCUGUAGAUUUCCUCUACCAAAUAUUGAACCAGAGGCAGAAAUAGGAACUGGUGUGGACACAGUUUGGCUUUAUAAAAUACCCAAAACGUGAUUCUCAUCUUUAUUAACAAAAUCUGUUUUUGUCAGCUAUGAAUGUGAUAGCAAUGUUUGAGUUCAUUUUUAAGUGCAGUAUGUGUAUGUUCUUUGUGAGUUAUAGAACUGUACUCAGUAUAUUAACCUUAGAAGUGUGGUAAAUGUGUCAGAAGCAUGUAAUAUGACUUAAAAUCUGACAGGUAUCUGCCUCCAGGAAGAUUAUUAGUUUUUGUGGGUGUAAAGUGGAUUGGAAAGUUAGCCACACCUUAAACACUGCAUUAUGUGACGGUUUCCGGAUAACAAUAUCAAUGUGAAGAGAAAUUUGAGAACUACAUCAGGGUUACAACACAGUUUUUUAGGGGUCACGUUUCCUUACAUUGACUAGGAUUAACCUGGAUGUACUAAAGAAGAGCUCGUAUUCUAAAUUAAGUAUAGCAAAUGUCAUUCAUUCAAGUGUGAGAUACUGACAGAAAUUAAUCCAACCUUUGGAAUAAAAUCCUGAGUGUCCAAAGUAUUAAGAUCUAAAAAAAGAAAAAGCAAUAUUUGCUAUAUAAAAUGGAAUCAUGAUUUUUGUUAUAUUUUUCUUAAUAUUUACAAUAAACAAUAUUUUUGAACAAAUAGUGUUCAU